UCAAGCUCUCCAGGUUCCCUCAUCUAUUCAUAGGGAUGAAGUGGCUUUUUCUGUUCUGGGCUUUUACCUUAGUUGAUGUACGUCUCUGUGGAGCUGCCCCUGCAUCGGGAUUCAGAGAAAAAACCGGCCUUCUGAAAGGAACUGUUCGAAAUGACCUAGAGCUGGCGACAGGGUACCUCCGGGACUACUACCGCCUGCAGGAGGAACCCGCCAGCCGCGCCAAGCGCAGCAGCGCCUCUUUCGGCUCCAAGGUGCGGGAGAUGCAGCGGUUCUUUGGCCUCAACGCCACGGGUGGCCUGGACGCCGAGACGGUCAGCGCGAUGAAGAGGCCGCGGUGCGGCGUGCCGGACGUGCAGAACUACAGCCCCUACGGGGAGCCCUCUCGGUGGCACAAGAACACGAUAACCUACAGUAUUGGACAGUACACCAACGACUUGCCCUCCGAGACUGUGGAUUCGCUCAUUGACUCGGCGCUGAAAGUCUGGAGCACAGCCAGCCCCCUGACCUUCGUCAGGUCGUACUCACACAACGCCGACAUCAUGGUCGAGUUCGGGACGUACGACCACGGCGACUUGUUCCCGUUCGACGGGCCUAAGGGCACGCUGGCCCACGCCUACGGGCCCGGAGAGGGCAUCGGAGGGGACACCCACUUCGACGAUGAUGAGCACUGGACAGCAGGAUCGGAAGGGUUCAACCUGUUCCUAGUGGCAGCGCAUGAGUUUGGUCAUGCCUUGGGCUUGAGCCAUUCCAGGUAUCCAGGAUCUCUGAUGUACCCCACCUACAAGACACGUAGCCCAAGCAACCUGCUCUCAGGGGAGGACAUCCGGCAGCUCCAGGCUCUGUACGGACCAAGAAGAGGUUUUGGGUACCCCCGAUCCGGCUUUAGAUCUUUCUAUCACCUGUGGCGGCUGAAGUCUGGCUUUCCUCUCCCGCUGCAAGACAGCUGCAAGCCUGGCCUGUCUUUCGAUGCUGUGGCCACACUGGGACAGGACGCCUUACUUAUGAAGGAUGGGUAUCUGUGGCUCAGACACGGGCAGCAGCCCAGUGUAAAAGCUGGGCUCAUCAGUAACUUCCUGCCGCAGGUCCCAUCAGACAUUGAUGCUGCUUACUCUCUGCCUCAAAGAUCAAGCACUGUCCUUUUAAAAGGAUCCAGCUACUGGACAGUGAGGGGGUCCCGGGUGAAGGGCAGACCGAAAUCCAUCUACGGGCUGGGGUUCCCUGAGUGGGUGACAAGAAUCGACGCUGCAGUGCAUGUAAGCAAGACCGGAAACACUUUGUUCUUUGUCAACGACACAUACUGGAGUUACAAUGAGAGCACAAGAGCCAUGGAUGAGCACUAUCCCAGAGAAGUGGCCGAUGACUUCCCAGGGAUUGCUGGUCGGAUAGAUGCAGCAGCUGAGAAAGAUGGUUUCCUUUACUUCUUCAGCGGCGCAUCCGUACAGGUGUUUGACAACAGCCAGAAGCAGAUUGUUGGGACAGAGACAGCAAGUAGCUGGCUGGGCUGCUAGUGGGGUCUACAGAGGAAACUGUCACUUGUGUUGUCAUAUAUCAGUGUUUGUAUAGAUGUAUUAUAAAUAAUCUAGACCAAAAAACAGACGGAAGCACAUCUACUACUAUAUGCCUGGUAACUGGUACUUCAUAACUGAUUCUGCUUUCUUUCCCAGAACUUGAAUUUGUCUUUGCUCAUGAAAUUUCAUAUUGUUUUUUAUUCACUUACAAGGGACUAUAGAAUAAAUA